AUGUUAAGAUCCACCCCCCGUCUCUUAAGAGUCCCAGUUACUAGAAGGUUAGCUACUGCUGCUUCACAAACUUCCCAACAAACAAAGACAAACAGAGUGCAUCCAAUUCGUAGGUUUUUCACCAGAGUCACAUUGUCCGUCACAUUGUUUUAUGCUACUGGUCUAGUAUUAAGUGAAUUUAAUGAUGCAUGUGGUGCAAUUUUCACUGAACAUGUUCCUUAUGGUGAAGAAUUGGUAGAUUUCUUCGAAUCCACAUGGUACUCUGCAGCUUAUUCUCCAUUGACUCUAGAUGAACUGAAAUCGAAGUUUGGUGAAAUCCUCGCCAGUAGAACUUCUAAAGUCCCACAUGGAGGUGUAAUUGCUAAAAAUGUGGAUCCUAAGGACAGAGAAGCAGAUAAUCUUAAUGACAAGGCUAACUUACCAAAGGUUAAAGUGUCUAUGGAAUUAUUGAAAUUGCAACCAUUAAGAGCACCUACUGAAGAUGGCUCUCCUGAGGCCCUCAGAUUCAAAGAAAUUAUCGCGGAAUUCAACGGCACUAUCGAUACUAUCAACCAGCAAAACAUCAUGUUACCAGAACCUCAAGCUACUGCUGUUUUAGAGGCCCAUGAUGCUCUUGCCAUGAAAAUCCUUGAAUUUGAACAGAAUUUCGAAUCAGCUCUAACUACUGGCAUUAACACAAAGACUGAUGCUGCUUUAGAAGGUGCAGGUAACAAGUAUGAAGAAGAGUUGAAACAAAAGGAAAUUGAAUUAACUGACAGAUUCCUCAACGAAUUUAGUAACUUCAGGGCUGAAUUGGAACAACGUACCCAGAAGCAGUUAGCUGCAGAUUUGAAGGCCAACGAACAAACUCUACUAGCUAAGCACGCUAAUGAAGUGGCACUUUUGUCCAUCACACAAGUCAAAGAAUUUAACAAAAUCAUCAGCGAAAAGAUAGACUCCGAAAGAAAUGGAAAAUUGGCUCAUUUACAAGAAUUAGAUGAAGCCGUGAACAAUUUGACUAAAUCUGUCGAUGGCGUCAAUAAAUUUUUGAUGAAGAGUGAAGCUAUCACUCAACUGACUUUGGCAUUAGAUGAAUUGAAAAAUAAGAUUAAUUCACCAAAAAAUGCUAGCAUUAAGAUUGAUCGAGACUUGCAAAAAUUAAACACUUUGGCUGACAUUAUUCCUGGAUUGCCAAAACCUUGUUGCCAUUCAAAGGACGUGAAACCUGCACUUUUAACAGUGGCAUUAAAUGAAUUGAACGAAUUGGCAUCUGAGAAAGAGAUUUUAUCCACUGAGCAGCUCUACAACAGAUGGAACCUACUUGAAUCAGAUUUCAAGACUGCAUCUCUUUUACCUCCCAAUGCAGGUAUCAUGGGCCACACAUUUGCCAAAUUUUUCUCAUUCUUCCUCUUUACAAAGCAAGGCUCAUCACCCAUAAAUGAAGAUUUAGACAAUGUUUAUGCCAAGGUAAGCGAGAGAUUGAGACUCUCCAAAUUGGAUGAAGCUGUGGAAGAAGUUUUAGCUUUGAAGGGUUGGCCUCAUGUGCUCUGCAAGGACUGGAUCGUCCAAGCAAGAAAAAGGCUAGAAGUAGAAUCUUUGAUCUCAGUCCUGGACAACGAAGUCAGGACGCUAUGA